AUGGAUUUUCUUAACACACUGAAAAAGUUACAUAAAUUAUUCCUAAUCCUUAAUCAAUUACUUUAUUCAAGAAAAAUUAAGAAUUAACUAUACAAAUUUUAUUUUCAAAAAAAAGGAAAAUCUAGAAUUCAAAAUAAAUUGUAGAAUGACUAUUUUCUGAAAUUAGCUGAUCAUAAACUAAUAAAGUAUUACGAAAAUUCUAUACAACAAAAUGAUUCAUUUUUAGAUAAGGAUGGAUCAAAAAAGUUUUAAUUACUAAGAUAUUAUAAAUUUAUCUUAUAGAAUCAAAUUUCAUGUUCCAAACUUGCUUUUGUUUGCAAAGUAUGCCAAAUUGAAAAAGACCUAAAACUAUUGAUUAAGAAAGAUCUCAAAAGUAAUAUUUAUGAAUAGAAGUAAAAUAAUAGUUCAGAUUGUUAAGUUAAAACAAAAAAAAGCAUGAGUAAAUUGUGCCUAAGAUAAGCUGAUACUUUUAAAUAAGAAAUGCAAAAUAAAAUAUGUAUACAAUAAGAAUGUGAAUAAAUGCUUUUAAUUAGGAGAUAGAUCGUUUAGUGCCUUAUUUAUUAUCUGAUAAUGAAUUACAGUAAGAAAAAAUAGACACUUCAUUCAUCUAACAAGAUAAAAAAUAAACUAAUAAAUUUCUCCCUAAAUAAAGUAUCUAAUGUAUUCUGUAGCCAAAAACACUUGAAAAUGAUAUCAUUUGUUGAAUUAGUCGAUUGUAUUUAAGCAAAAUGGAAUCUUUUAGUUAGAAAUUCAUACUGGAGAAUCACUAAAAGUUUGUCAAAUAAAUAAAUAUUAAAGAUUAAUGUUGGUAAACAAUUCUUUCUCUAUGUUAUUUAGAAAUUUUUUAUUAGGGUUCGAAAUACUCAUGGCAAUUAAUUUAUAAUAAAGCAAUAAAUUACUUAAAAAAGUAAGGAAUUAAUAAAUUGUUGA